AUGGUGCCUGUCGGGAGUGACGAAGCAGCGGAGGUGGCGAUGGACGGGGACUGCUCACCGCCGGCAGCGACGACGACGCGGAGCGGGACGAGCAGGAGCCACAGCGAGGCGGAGCGGAAGCGGCGGCAGCGCAUCAACGCUCACCUCGCCACGCUCCGCACCCUUCUCCCUGCGGCGUCGCGGAUGGACAAGGCGGCGCUGCUCGGGGAGGUAGUGCGGCACGUGCGGGAGUUGCGGGGCGAGGCGGACGCUGCGGCGGCGGGCGCGGCCGUGGCCGUCCCGGGGGAAGGCGACGAGGUCGGCGUCGAGGAGGGUCAGCACUGCUUCUGCCACGGCGGCGAGAAGGAGAGGGAGAGGGCCGCCGCCAGCGCCAACACCAGGCGCGUCAGGGCGUGGGUGUGCUGCGCCGACCGCCCAGGGCUCAUGUCCGAGCUGGGCCGCGCCGUGCGGUCCGUCAGCGCGAGGGCCGUGCGCGCGGAGAUAGCCACCGUCGGCGGGAGGACGCGGAGCGUCCUGGAGCUGGACGUUGCCGGGCACCACGACGGCGAGGGCAAAUGGACGUCGUCACGCCCCGCGCUGCAGGCGGCGCUCCGGGGCGUGCUGCUCAGCCGAGAGGAGAUGCUCGGCGCCGAGUGCUACAAGAGGCAGCGCUUCUCGGCAAACCUCGCCAGGGUUUAG